AUGGAAGAACAAGGCAGCCAAAUCGCCUUGCGGCCGGUUUCGAGCCGAACGACGGAACUCCAGCAUGGGCCACACACUCAGGACGAAACGCGAGAGCAUUCCGCUCAUCAAAUGCCCCCAGAUUUCGAUUCAACUCACCCGCUGCACGAUGAACUGCCUGUCUAUACGCGAGCCCCGCCAGGGAAUCAGUCACUUGGACGUGGUCAUAGCACAACACUUCAUCGCUCUACAUUCGUUCUGUUGAUGACAACUUAUUUUUCCGCAAUGGUCAUCUACUCAUGGGUCAUUCUGGCUAUUCUGUCCUUUCGUCCGGUGGGCACCCAUAGCUGGGAGCCCCACACUGACGAAUAUGGUCGCUACCCCAGGAAGAUGCCAAACUACGCGAUGGAUGGGAAGCUAUAUCGGUCGGCGAGAAUUAUACAGUCCAUAGCCAGCGUGUUAAUCUUGCCAUGGACCUCAGCUGUCUGCGCCUAUGCAGCAGUAAUUUUUGUUCAAAAACAAAAAGACAGUUCGAGCAUGACUAUGCGACAAGUCAUGAAUUUGGCCGACCGACGUUGGAUGGAUGGCUCAUUGGUUCGUAAUCUCAUUGCUGGAAGCUGGAAGCAACAUGGGAGUGCUUUUUUGGCCCUAGCUAUCUUUGCUCACUUCGUCGCUCUUGUCAUCUAUCCGAUUCAAUCCAUUGUGGUCAACACGAAGUCACUUCAUGUUCCUACUUAUCCAAAUGCAUUGGGUCGGAUAAGUGAUUUGGCAUAUAUGAGAGCUAAAUCCGAUCAACACCCAGGGACCGACGUUAUUCAAACCCGCAAUGCUCUCGCUGGGGCAGAUAAGCACACGUGGAAGCCACAGCUUUGGGAUGAUGGAGGCAGUCAGAAAUUUUCUACACUCUUCAAUCUCUCUGCCAUGAACGAUCCGUUCUUUUCCCCGUUGCCCAACGGCUUCAGCAGUGGGAUACUCCGUCAGUAUGCCCCGCGAAUAAAUUCAAGUACCACCGUACGUAGCAUCCAGGAAAAUGAGUACCCGAAAGACUGCGAAUCCGACACGGCGAAUCUCUUCGCCAACUACUCGUCUGUCCACGAUUACGAGCCUGGAGCCAGAUACAGUUUCACCAAUAGUUGGACUAUCUCUGCUUGCAUGCUCGCGUCAAAUAUGACAUCGCCCUGGACAGAAACCAGAGAUCGCCAAGAAUUCUCUGAGGUACUCUAUCUUAAUAUAUCAGUUCAAGAUACACAAUCCCCGAUGAGUGACCUUCUUGAAAUUAGACUCACCACGACUGCCGGUUACUUUGAGCUUCCGAGCUACAUGAACAACCAAACUGCAGGCCCCUUGCUUGACAAUGACCCAACAGUAGGUUGUGAGGACGGUGGCUAUGGCUGUGUCCGCCAGACCGAAUCCUACUACUAUUACAAGCGAAUUCGACGUCAGGAGAAUUCAUACGAAUAA